GACUGGUUGACAUACAGACAGACAGCGAGAGAGAGGGAGAGAGAGAGGGAGAGAGAGAGAGAAUUUUGAAAGCCUUUACCGGAUGGCUGCAACUCAAGCUGUGCUGCCCUCGUUCAGUUCAUUCUCAAACUUCUCCGACUUUGGUCAGGACAUGAAGGUCUGGAGGUUUGAGGAUGGCUCUUUGAGCGUUAACUCUCAGGACAGGAGGUCCAUAUUGGAGUACCACAGUAACGACACGCCGGAGCUGCCGCCGGCCCUCAGAGAGGCCCAGCUGGAGGACGAGCACGGUGCAAACUGGGACAUGGAGUUUUUACUGUCGAGCUGGGGCAGCACCUCACCCGAUCAGGAGACCUGCAGUCAGGACUGCAACUCUCACAGGCCUGCGGCUCAGGACCAAGGCAGGUUGUUCCAAGGGACCCUUCAGGAUGGGGGGGUCCUGAAGGAACACGCAGGGCUGGACAGACACUAUGCCAGCAAUGGCAGCUUGAUGGCUGAGCUGCUCUCCCCGGAGGACUCUGUGAGCUGCUCCAUCCCUGAGCUGUACAAUGGGGGCUACGCAGGGGAGAUGCAGGGGAAGCAGUACAUGCUCCACUCCAACGCCGACCAGUACGGCAUCCCGUUUGGACACAACACAGACGACCCCAACGAGCAUGGGGCUGCCGGCCACGGCAAAGCGAAGUCCUGGGAUUAUGGCCACUACUUCCCUCAACACACGUCUCUGAUGGCUUUUCCAGAUUCCAGAUUCCUACCAGUGGCAGCUGUGGAUGCAGAAGCACCCGAUGCGCAUUCCCAGCGCUCUCACUACAACUUCAUCCCAAACUACCACCACCAUCCAAAGCUGUACCCACACCAGGUGGGACCAGUUGGUUUUGUCCACAGGCAGGCAACAGGCGUCUACGCCUCCACACCAAGUUUGCUGCCUGACUCCACAGUGCCCUCUACAGGCAUGGAAGGGAAACGCGGCAAAAAGGGGAUGGCGAAGAAGAGGGCUGCGGUGCACAGCUGUGAAUACCCCGGCUGCAUCAAGACCUACACCAAGAGCUCACACCUCAAGGCACACCUGCGCACUCACACAGGUGAGAAACCCUACCACUGCUCAUGGGAGGGUUGUGGGUGGAAGUUUGCCCGAUCCGAUGAGUUGACCCGCCACUUCCGCAAACACACAGGCCAGAAGCCUUACGAGUGUAUGCUGUGCCAGAGAGCUUUCUCACGCUCCGACCACCUGGCCCUGCACAUGAAGAGACACGUAUGAGGUCAAACAACGUGCACACACACAAACACACACACACACACACACACACGCACACGCACACACACACACACACGCACACAC